CUUUUUUGGAUAUGAAUGAUUUAUUGUCGUCCCGAACAUGUGCAAUUAAACUUCAAAAAUAGUGUCGGACUAAAAAAUAUGCAUCCUUCUACUUUGGUUGUAAUUUUGAUAUUCGCCUCGUCGUUCUUCUCUCACGCCACUAAUGCUUCAGGUGAAUCGAUCGGCGGCCCAAACUGCAGCCAGCCCUUCACAGACAUGUUCCACCAAAAAAAACUCACAAAAUGCAAGAAAUUAACCACCUUGGAAGCUGAAUUGGCCUGGAAUUACCGGGUAAAUGAUACCCGUAAAUUGAUUGAGCUUGAGGUUCUUGUUGGCACGACGGUCAUCACCUCCAAGGAGAACGGGUGGUUUGCAUGGGGUGUGAACCCUGAAAUGCCUAGAAUGGUGGGUACCAGGGCCAUCAUAGGCCCUAAGCUGCCCAAUUAUCAGAAACCGAUCAUUGACACGUAUAACAUCACUGGGGACACCAAGCGGGGCUGCACCCUCCGGCCAUCAAAGAACGUUUUAGGAGCGUACGACAUGAGUGCGGACUACAAUGACAACACCGGUCUCUUCACCAUUUUCGCCAGGCUGAUUCUUCCGGCGAAGGACUACGACAUUUCAAGCCUUAAUAUUGUUUGGCAAGUCGGGCAUCAUGUUGAUGGCUCGACGCCUCUGAUGCAUCGGACGACUCUCCAAAAUUUUGAUAGCAAAGGGAGACUGAACUUAGUGAACGGGCGGAGUCGCAGCAUAUUUGGACACCACAGGCACCGGCUGAGAAAGGUCCAUGGGAUCCUAAAUAUUAUUGGGUGGGGAACAUUCUUACCUAUUGGAGUGAUAAUUGCAAGAUACUUUAGGAUAUAUCCAUUCAAAAACAGUUGGUGGUUCUACCUUCAUGUCUGUUGCCAAACUGCUGGCUUUGUGAUUGGCACCCUUGGCUGGGGAAUUGGACUUGGUCUUGGACACUCUUCAAGAUUCUACAGCUUCCAUGUUCACCGGAUACUGGCUAUUUGCAUCUUUGCCUUCAGCACAUUACAACUUCUGGCUUUCCGUCUGAUUCCAACGAAGCAAGAUGAGUACAGGAAGCACUGGAAUUUGUAUCAUCAUUUUUUGGGAUACACACUGAUUGCCAUUAUCACAGUGAAUAUAUUUCAAGGGAUUGACAUAUUAAAGCCACGAAACGUUGGUUGGAAACGGACUUACAUUGGGAUCCUGAUGGCGUUAGCCAUGAUUUUUUUAGCUUUGGAGAUUUGCACAUGGAUUAAGUUCUUGGUCUCAAAGAAGGUUAAAAAAGGAAGGGAAACACCAAACCAUUAGCACACCACCCCCUUCAUCAACAUCUGGAUAAAGAAACAUGCAUGCA